AUGUGUGGCUUUGCCAGGCCGCUGGCUGUGCCACCACGGGUGGGCAAGGAGGCAACACGACCGAAUGGUGACGCCUUCAAGCUGACAGGAAAGUACAUCGGACAAAGGCUCCAACUCAUUCCCGUCACGCAUGAUGAGUCGACUUUCUACAAGAAUGACCGUCGCAAGGUUGGAUGGAUCAACACCCUGGUUAAGCCGACACCAGAAGCAAAGGGCGAAGGGGACUCAAUAAUGGUUUCUGACUUUCUAGUUGCGCACUGGGGUCGUCUUCGAUUGGAUGACUGGGAGGCUCGUCUCUUCUUCCGAGCAGGUAAAAAUCGUGACGGCUACUUCACGAAUGACGAGCUGCUUGCCCAUGUCGAUAACGCAAUCGACAUCUUUGAAUCGAAAACGCACAAGUUCGCCACUGGCCUAUUCCUCUUCGACAACGCGCCAAGUCAUCAAAAACGCGCCGCUGACGCCCUUUCUGCCCGCAAGAUGCCCAAGGGACCCCACGCAACAUGGACCAACACAGCCAAUGGUCCGAAGAUGUGCCCCGGACGGAUGGCGGAUGGAUCUGUGCAGCAGCUCUAUUGGCCCGCAGGCCACCCGACGAUGCCGGGCUGGUUCAAGGGCAUGGAGCAAAUUCUCCGGGAGCGUGGCCUCUAUCGCAAUGGGAUGAAUGCGCAGUGCCCAGGCUUCAAAUAUGCAAAUCGUGCAGCACGCUUCAUCUCCGCUUACUCGGGUGGCCUCAACGGUGAAGAGCUUGCCUAUGUGCAGCGCCGCUACAAGGGCCAUCGUAUGCUUCCUCAGUUUAUGAUUGACCAAGUAAAGGCAUCUAUUGCUCAUAUCAAGUAA